UACCCAACCAUGCUAUCGGCUAAGAACUAAUACCGAUGACCUCAUAACCACUGAUGAUGGAAAUGGUCAAGUGCUGCGCUGCGUGCAUCCUUUAACCUCUAAAGACAUUUUGGAUAGUAAAUAUGAGGAUCCAAACGCUGUUUUGGAACAGAAGAUGCAGAAUACAGAAUCACUGGAAAUUCUGCAGAUAUUCGAAGAUGACUUUGAGGAAAGGGAGUCCUUAUCCGGCAGAACGACUGCUCCAAAAUGGCCUGUUUAUGACAUUCCACGUGGCCCCCCUGCGAGGAUCUGUCGCUCAGAUGAUGUGAGGAGCGACUCUCCGCCGAAGAUGCCCGGAGCCUCACCAAGUCCGGAGGCCGAUACAGAAGAGGAAGGUUUGCUGUUUUCUCCUUCCAACGUCUCCCUGGUGACGGCAUUACUGGAGGGUGACUCUCAACAUGAUCGCUCUUCAUCCUCUACUUACAUGGACGACCCAACCACUCCACAAACCCCAGAACAGCCACAAGAGGAAAGGCUACUAUUCCACGAUGUUCCGGGUGUACAUCUUGUAUGCCAAGGGUGCAAGGAAAAGGAGCAUUCGUGUAGACGGGAAUUGGAGCAGCAGACGGAGGAAGCCGUGUCCGCGCAGCAGCAGGACCUUCCCCAAACGAUAACUGGGCAGACUGAUGGUCUAUCUACAGAUAUGGAUUUGGAGACAUCUUGCUCUGAGGAGGUGACGUACGUGGAAGCCGUUCCAAACAAGCGGGAUCUAGAGGCGGCAAAAUGCUUGGCCAGGAGGCUAUACCAGCUGGACGGCUUCGAGAGAUCUCAGGUCGCUCCGUACCUCCAAAAAAAUAACGACUUCAGCUCCAUGGUGGCCGAGGAGUAUCUCAACCUCUUCGACUUCACAGGAAAAACGUUGGAUGCGUCUCUCAGGUCUCUUCUGCAAGAGCUGGUGCUGACGGGGGAGACUCAAGAGCGAGAACGAGUUUUAUUUCACUUCGCGAAAAGGUUUCACAGGUGUAACCCCAAGGACUUCAGCUCCGCAGAUGCCGUACACACUCUGACCUGCGCACUCAUGCUCCUGAACUCAGAUUUACACGGACAGAACAUUGGGAAGUCUAUGACCCAGCAGGACUUCAUCAAUAACCUGGAUGGAAUGAAUGACGGAGACAGCUUUUCCAGAGAGCUUCUAAAGGGCCUGUAUCAUUCUAUCCGUAACGAAAAACUGGAAUGGGCCAUGUAAGAGACGUUGGCGAAUGCCUUGGUUUCCAAACCAGAAAGUGUCCCCCUGACACGCAAAAGAAGCAACCCCUUCUUGGACGUUCCCUG